CAGGAAUCCAAACGUCGUACCGGGUUCCUCACAGACUCCGUCUUGUAUCACCUCAAAGAGUCAAACCACUUCAUCACUCAUCGCCCUCUAUCCGCAGUCCCGGCCUCGCGACGCCGCGACGUCCCGAAGACGGAGCUCCUAGUCAUUCAAGGGUCCCCUUGAGGUCUAGACGAAUCUGUCAGUCCCCAUCCCGCCAUACCUCCGUGGCUUCCCACGCUUUACGCCCGGCCGCAUACGCCAUCGCGAGGGCCUGCACAAAGAAUUACACGCUGCACAGCACGGAUCACGGGCACAAGGCGCACACAUACAUAUCCGUAGAGACACACGGACAGACGUACUCGCCCGAGCCCCCCCCCCCCCAGUCCCCAGUCCUACCGUCCGCCUGCAUAACGUUGGACGCCAGGCUGAAGUCUGCCUACCAUGUCAUCCGAACAGCUCAAUGUCAUCGCCCUGGUCUCGGGCGGUAAGGACAGUUUCUUCUCCGCCUUGCACUGCCAGAGGAACGGGCACCGGCUCGUGGCACUCGCUAAUCUCUUCCCCUCCGCCUCCGUCAGCGCCGGCUCCGACGCCACGCGCUCGGCCCCAGCAACCGUCAUUUACAAGCCCACGAGGGAUCACGUAAAGGAUGUUCAGCUAUCAGAUCAGUCUACGGGGGAGGAAAGGAAGCCUGAGGAGACGGUGGAGGAGGCUGGUAAAGGGGCCGACGAUGAGGCUGACUUGAAUAGUUUCAUGUACCAGACCGUCGGCCACCAGGUCAUACCCCUUUACGCGGACGCCACCGGCUUACCGCUCUACCGCCAGCCCAUCUACGGCGGCGCCAAGUAUGAGGGUAGAGACUACGACUCUCACGCCGUGCCGUCGGGUGAUGGUGACGGUGACGGCGACGGCGACGCGGGCCCAGAAGUCGACGCGGAUGAGACGGAAAGCAUGGUGCCCCUCCUCCGCACCGUCAUGGCGAACCACCCAGAGGCCAACGCUCUCUGUGCGGGAGCCAUCCUGUCCACGUACCAGCGGACGCGUGUGGAAUCCGUCGCGCUACGCCUGGGCCUCACGCCGCUGGCGUACCUGUGGAAGUAUCCCGUGCUGCCCCCGGUGGUUCCGGGCGCCGUCGAGGACGCCCAGCUGCUCCACGACAUGGCGGCCGCCGGCCUCGACGCGAGGAUCAUCAAGGUCGCGAGCGCGGGGCUUGAUGACGACUUCUUGUGGGAGAAGGUGAGCAGCAUCGCGGGCGCGUCGCGCGUGAAGCGUGCUCUCAGACGAUUUGGCGCCGCCGAGGGUGCCGUUAUUGGCGAGGGGGGCGAGUUCGAGACGCUCGUGUUGGACGGCCCGCCUGGCUUGUUCAAAAGGGCCAUCGAGGUGCCGGAGUCCGGCAGGCGGACCGUAAGGGAGGGCGGCGGGACGUCGUGGUUGAGCUUUCAGGGGGCGAAUGUCCGAGAAAAGCGAGCCCCUGACGCGGGCACGGGAGAAAGCUGCUCCCCGCCCCGGGUACCUGAUGCCUUGGACUCCCGGUUUCAGUCUAUCCUGGAGUCACUGCCCACGGCUCGGGGUGACCAGGUGUCAGUAUCGGAGUCAUCGUCAUCGGUCGAUGACUUCACGAAUUGUGAUGGCAAAACACCGGUGCUGCCGAGAUCUCCUUCGGACGAUAUCCACUGGUCCUUUGCUGCUCAAGCGGGAUCGGGCCAGGGCUCGUCUGUCGAGCAGCAGACCGAGGACAUAGUUCAGCAGAUCCAGGAUCGCCUUGCUGGCCACUCUCCGCCGCUACCCACUACGGCCAUCACCAAUACCAUUAUCGUCUUGCAGUCCAUGUCGGAUUUCCCAGCCAUCAACAAGAUCUACAGUAAACUGUUCCAGCACCCGAAUCCUCCGUCCAGAGUAACCAUUUCUUGUGGCGAACUACAGGCCGGAAGUGCCAUCAACAUUCACCUGACGAUAAAAUCUGCCUUGGAGCCUCGCGAACGGAAUGGACUCCACGUGCAGUCAAGAUCGUACUGGGCGCCUGCCAACAUUGGCCCCUAUAGCCAGGCCAUCGAUGUACCCUUGAGGGGCGGCGGUCAAGAUACGGUACACGCCGGUAUCAGAGGAGUGACAAUCGCAGGCCAGAUCCCGCUCGUCCCGGCGAGCAUGAUCUUGCCCACGGAGAAGGAGGGCAACCUGGAGAUGCAAAUUACACUGUCUCUACAACACCUCUGGCGCAUCGCCACCGAGAUGAAGGUGCAGCUCUGGACCAGCGCGGUGGCAUACUUCCCGCGCACGCCAGAGGAGGCAGAUGCGAGACGGCAAAGCCGACUCGCCGCGGCCGCGUGGCAGGCCGUCCACAAGCGCGACGAAGACGAGGACGGAGACAACGACGCAAGCGGGCCCGACUUGUGGGAUCGCAAGUUCAACCCGGCGUACAUGUCUCUCGGCGAGGACGCUGCGGCGCCGCAAAAGCUUCCGGAUUGGUCGUCCGUCGUGGCGGCCGACCUCGACGGAGACGGAGACGACGGAGAGGCCGAGGGCCCCGUUCCGCCCUUCUUCUCCGUUGAGGUCGAGGAGUUGCCACGCCAGGCUGGGGUCGAGUGGCAUGCUCACCUCGGUCUUGCAAAGGUGCCGGCGUCAUCUGUCGAGUACCGGUCCGAGGACCUGGCGCCUUCGGUUGAUGCUCCUUUUUAUAGACGGGUUUGCCAUGUUCUGGUCUCGGGGGCGCUGGUGCACUCUACCAUCUCCUGGCUCGCUGUCUCUGGCCCCGCGACGCGUGCGCCGACGUCUUUUGAGGAGGUUGAGGGUUGGAUGAGGAGGGCGUAUCGGGAGUCCGUUGGCGGGGAAGCCGAGGGCCAGGAGAGGAUUGCGGGAGAUCAGCCUUAUUUGAUGUACCUCAACGUACCCAAGUGUGCGGUUGCUGCUGCGGCUCCGGCUGGGUCUGUUGGAGAAGGGCAGGAUAGGAUGACGGCGUAUGUCAAGGCCAGGUCGAUUCGGGGAGCUGGCGGGGAGGAGGUCCUCGCUGUUGGGCUGUGGAAGUAGAGGCGAGGAAAAGUCAAACAAAAAAGUGAAAUUUGGC